GGCAGCGGCAGAGGCGGCGGCGGCGGCGGCGGCGGGACGCGGAGGCUCCCCCGGGAUUCAGCCUCAGCAGCGAGGCAGCGGCGGCUGCGGAGACGCAGGCAGCAGCUGAGGCAGCGGCAGGCUCAGGUGCAGCCGCUGCUCAAAGAAAAUGAACGGCACCCUGGACCACCCAGACCAACCAGAUCUUGAUGCUAUCAAGAUGUUUGUGGGCCAGGUUCCAAGGACCUGGUCUGAGAAAGACUUGAGGGAGCUUUUUGAGCAGUAUGGUGCUGUCUAUGAAAUCAACAUCCUAAGGGACAGGAGCCAGAACCCUCCUCAGAGCAAAGGGUGCUGUUUUGUUACAUUUUACACCCGUAAAGCUGCAUUAGAGGCCCAGAAUGCUCUUCACAACAUGAAGGUCCUCCCAGGGAUGCAUCACCCUAUACAGAUGAAACCUGCUGACAGUGAAAAGAACAACGCUGUGGAAGACAGGAAGCUGUUUAUUGGUAUGAUUUCCAAGAAGUGUACUGAAAAUGACAUCCGAGUCAUGUUUUCUUCGUUUGGACAGAUUGAAGAGUGCCGGAUAUUGCGGGGACCUGAUGGCUUGAGCAGAGGUUGUGCAUUUGUGACUUUUACAACAAGAACCAUGGCACAAACAGCUAUCAAAGCAAUGCACCAAGCACAAACCAUGGAGGGUUGCUCAUCCCCCAUGGUGGUAAAGUUUGCUGACACCCAGAAGGACAAAGAACAGAAGAGAAUGGCCCAGCAGCUCCAGCAGCAGAUGCAACAGAUUAGUGCAGCGUCUGUGUGGGGAAACCUGGCUGGUCUGAACACACUUGGGCCCCAGUACUUAGCACUUUAUUUGCAGCUCCUUCAGCAGACUGCCUCCUCUGGGAACCUCAACACCCUGAGCAGCCUCCACCCAAUGGGAGGGUUAAAUGCAAUGCAGCUACAGAAUUUGGCUGCACUAGCUGCUGCAGCUAGUGCAGCUCAGAACACACCAAGUGGUACCAAUGCUCUCACUACAUCCAGCAGUCCACUCAGCGUACUCACCAGUUCAGCAGGGUCUUCACCGAGCUCAAGCAGCAGUAAUUCUGUCAACCCCAUAGCCUCACUUGGAGCCCUGCAAACAUUAGCCGGAGCAACAGCUGGCCUCAACGUGGGCUCAUUGGCAGGAAUGGCUGCUUUGAAUGGUGGUCUGGGCAGCAGUGGCCUUUCCAAUGGCACUGGGAGUACCAUGGAAGCCCUUACCCAGGCGUAUUCUGGUAUCCAGCAAUAUGCUGCUGCAGCCCUCCCCACUCUGUACAACCAGAAUUUAUUGACACAGCAGAGUAUUGGUGCUGCUGGAAGCCAGAAGGAAGGUCCAGAAGGAGCCAACCUGUUCAUCUAUCACCUGCCCCAGGAGUUUGGAGACCAGGACUUACUGCAGAUGUUUAUGCCCUUUGGGAAUGUCGUGUCUGCCAAGGUUUUCAUAGACAAGCAGACAAACCUAAGCAAGUGUUUUGGUUUUGUAAGUUAUGACAAUCCUGUCUCAGCUCAAGCUGCCAUCCAGUCCAUGAACGGCUUUCAAAUUGGAAUGAAGAGGCUUAAAGUGCAGCUCAAACGUUCGAAGAAUGAUAGUAAGCCCUACUGAGUGCUCCCCUCUGAGACUGGAGUGAGAAGAUCUUCUGGUAAGUGGGGGAGGAGCGCCCUUAAUCAUUCGAAGCCCUAAGGCUGUGUGCUGACAGCCCUGGACCCUGAUCCCUGCCACUCUCGCAGGCACAGCUUGCCCUGAAGACUCAGCUACUGCCUUCUGUGGGAGUGUCGCUUCGUACAGAGGACAAGUGUAUGCUUUGGUUUCCAGUGUUUUACUUUGGAGUUUAGGUGCCAUAUCCUGAGGGGUUUUGUUUUGUUUUGUUUCUUUUUUUCUUUAUUUAAAGUUUGCUGUGUUUGUAACCAGUUUGUUGAGAAGGACCAACACCAGUUCACCUUGAGGAAGAGAGAAAUGGGUUAGAAGAUAAGUAGAACAUGCCCCAAACCAUGGAAAGAGGGCUGAGCAGAACAGAACGUUGGUCCCCAAAGUCUCUCUCCCUGAGUGCAAGUGUGGGUAGAGUGAGAACGAAGUCUAAUGAGGGCAAGGCAGAGUGGGUGAGGUGGCAUCUAGACCCCUUCAGAACUGCUGCUUUUUGUGGAAAUGCUGAGCUUAUGCCAUCUCUUUUUCUAAUUUUUGUCCUGGAUUUCUGCCCUUCUUUCCUAAAAAGGGGGUAGCGAAUCCUGGGAAAUAACGCACUUUUCAUUUAGCCUGAAAUAUGCAAAUAACAGGGAGACAGAUACCAUGACCAGCCGGCCCAGCCUGCCAUUCAUGUUACAUCGCCCUGCCUGGUUGGUGUCUUUUGGGGGAAGCUGCCAGAGAGGUCAUUUUAGGUUAUUUCAGCAUGAAGUUAGACUAUGCCCAUUUCCGGCAGUUUCUUUUGAAGAAAGUCUGUGGAAGUUCACUACACCUCCUUCUUUGGCCACAAUUUUCUCAUGAGGGCAGACCUAAGAAGCUCUUAGCUAACAAGGGCACAGCUUAUGGGCAGAGCCCAUCAAGAAGCCAUUUGAUGGAAGGGAGACCUGCUUCUUAGUGUGUCUGAAUCAAAGUCUCUUCAAGAAGGUUCAGAAGUGCACUUCUGCCUCCUUAAUGAAAGUAUCCCAAAAGCUGUAUCCCCAUAAAGGUCUGGCAAGCCUCUCCUCUAGCCACUCUAGCCCUACUUUCUGUCCUUAAAGACAGAAGAGAGAAUACAGGAAGUUUACAGGCUUCAUAUGAUUUAGUGUUCAUUUACCUCAGUAUUAACCCAUGUUCAUUUUGUCAUGCUUACAGUAAGCUCCCCGCUGCCUUUCACGGGUCUUGUCCCACACAGCCUCUGGGCUCUCCUCCGCCAAGAAAAGCUAUUGGGAAUAUGUAUCCGAGCAGAGGUGGCCCUAAGCGUAUGAUUAAUAGUCACAGCCAGGCCCUGGGUUCCUAUGUCAUUGGAAGCUUAAGCCUCACAAGUUAAAAGUCUUGGCUUCCAGCAGCAGAGAUAAGAAGGGGCUAGCCUGCUUUAAGUCAGAUGGGGACACUCUCCUUGUCAUGCUGUCCCUGUGAAUAACAAACAGGGAUUGACCAUCUUGCUGUUGUACAGAAAGUUGUUAGUGGUACGAUAUCCGCUGUUCUCUUAUAGUGAUAAGUUGAGUCUGUUGUCCUCUUAAACAUGAAACAUAUACUUCUUAAGCUGAACCACGUAAACUUGAAUUCUGUGCACUGGGAGAAGUGUCCUGUGUUUCAAGAUAAAAGUGUUUUAAAGGCUUCCAGGGUAAUGAUGGGAUUUUUUAAAAUAAUGCAAAAAAAUAAAAAAGAAAAAAAAAAACUUAAAAAGAAAAAAAAAAAAAAGAAAAAAAUGCUAGGUUGGGAAGGCACUGCACUGCUCUGAAUCCCAACCGGCUGGAACCAAGAAUGUUGUUUCUAUUUUUAUAGAAGUUUUAUACAGCUCCGGGGUGGAGAAUAUUUAUUACCUAAAUUAUAUCUCUGGAAAAGGCCAGGAUUUUGUAGAAUCCAGAAUGUGAUUGUUGUACACACAGGGUGCUGUGUAUGAUUGAAACUACUGACUUUCUGUGACCGUUUGCAGCCCAGGUAACCUGUCCAAGGGGAAGGCUAACAUUAAUGCUGUGAAUUGGCGGAGGCGAGAGCUGUGCUCCAUAGGGUGCUGCCAGUGCUGUGCUCCCUAACCUUCUGUUCUGUCUUCCUCCUUGGCCAGAACACCACGUUCUUCUUCCUUCUUCCGGCUUCCCUCUAUCUCUCCCAUUUGUCCACAGAUUGGUCCUGUGCUCCAGGACCAUAUGAAACCUUCCUAAUGAUAUUAGAAGCAAAGGAGUGUCACCACCUUUGGAACAGACCCCAAACUUCAUACCUACUUGUGAUUUCUAAAAAGAGCACUUGCCUCAGCAGAGCCAUGGUCUGCUCAGCCAGCCAGCCAGCCAGCUGGGGAGACCAUGUACUUCUGUUAUCCAUUUGCCCAGUGCAUCAGCACAGCAGUAGCACUGUCCUUGAGCACAGUUCUCUCCCCAGGCCAAAGAUGGUUUUGUUGAAGACGCUGCUCCCCUAUAAGUCUUGAUGUGAAAGGGCUCAGCUAGAGUGGAGACUGAGGUGAAGUCUUAAGCAGUCCGUUUCUGUUUUUGUGGAGGUUUCACUUACAGUGUGUUUUCUGCUGUAGUUUUGUUUCAUGGAUUAUAUCAUGCCACUGAUUUGCCUUCAGUGCAGCCCAACCACUGUCUCCUGGGUUCCACACUGGUGGCCAGGGAGUGUGGCCAGGGCUUAUGUGGAAGCUUAGGGCUUGGAUUUCUGGGAACAAAAGGCCAUCCUAGGAUUGAGCAAGAAACUCUGACCCUAUACCCUAAAUAGUCUCCCCACUCUAGUUAGCAUCUUUUGUUGCUGAGACCCUGCUUGCCCAGAGACUGUCUUGAUGUGUUAGGUGCUUUGUGGGAAAUCCAAGCCUUAGGUUCCCUUCUGUCUCUGGCAGUUGGAUGUUCUCUUGGUGUCCUUCAUGUCCUUUUGAACUUUUCCCUGUGUCCAUUGUUAGCAUGUGCAAAAGUUCUUGUCAUUCCCCACCCCUGCCCUUCCCCGCCUCCUCAUUUCAGGGCUGCAUACAGUGAGUGUCCUGUUCUCUCUCUCUGUUUGGAUGUAUUGCUCUGUGUAACUCAGUGGAUCUCCCUCUUUCUGGUUUGUUUUUUUUUCUAGAUUCCUGCCGUUUGUUCAUCGUUGUGCCUAAAGCAUGUCGAUGUGGCGUCAAGUACAUCGUCCAAAUCCCUGUCUCUUCAGCUUCUCUGAUGCUUGAACUCUCACCUUUGACCUUGUGUUGACCUUUGAUGCUGAUGUGUAUUUUAUUAUGUUUGUUUCUUUCUUUGUUUUUUCUUUUUUCUUUCUUUUUUUUUUCCCUUUUGUGCUGCCAAAUUGGUUUUGCUAGAACGACUGCUGAAGGGAAAAUAUUUAAACUUGCAUUUGAAUAUAAAAAAAAAUCUAUUUUUCUAGAACUUCAUAAGAUAACCACUUGAUUUUGUGAUUCCAAUUCUUUGUACCUGUCUCAGAGCAGCCCUGCUAGCACAUGCCGUGUGGUGUCUGUGUUCCUGUGAGCACACAGCCAGUCCGCUUCCAGGCUUGUUCCUCUGUGUGCUUAGUUUUAAAGACAACUUUGAAAUAAACAAUGAAAUAAAAGAUGUCACUAAAAUAUUUGAGGCUCCUGAACACAUUUUGCUGACAUAGUUUUGGGGCUUGAGGAGACCGCAUGUUGUUAUUGAUUUUUGUUUUUCUGAGUUCUCAACUGCAGAAAAUGUCUGAAAUGCACCCUACCCCCAUUCCCUUUUCACUGGGUGCUGAGGUUUGGGCCUCAGCUAGCCUUUUCCUUUUGUGGUUCUUCCUGAAGCAGCCCUGCAGGGAAGCCCUAGGGUCCCUCUUCUCCCCUCGCCCGGCUCAGCCAGCUCACACCCAUGCUUCUUCCUACAGUCUCUACAGCAAAAUGUGAUGCUUUCCAUUUUUUUGGGUUUUGUAUUGUUUUUGCCUUUUUGUUUUGAAUUUUUCCUUUCCUACUAAGAUUAUGCCCAGAAAAAACAAGUUGUGCAUGUUUCCUGCUGUUUCUUCACACCUUCGUAUGUAUCACCUUCACCUCUCUGUUUUCUAUAGUUUGUGCAAAAACUGACUGAUUUAAAGGGGUUUCAAAGAAGAUGUUUUAAAUUGUUAUGGGGUUGAUUUUUUUUUUUCCUCAAGAUUGUAUUGUUUUAUUUUGAAGUGGCAACUUUCUCCUCUGUUGCCCUUAGAGUGUUUGCCUGUGCACUUAGACUGUCACUCUUUGUGGCCUCCAGGUCUCAGUGGGGGAUCCAGGAGGCUGGCUGCUCUGCUCAGGGAGUACAGGUGGGGGCAGAGAGGCAGAAGCAGAACCAAAGGUGGCUGUGGGUAGGCAGGAGGCUAGAUCACAGAGGGAGGGAGGGAGGUAUGGAGGGAGGGAGGGAGGGCACUGCUUCUGACUACCCAGAGGGGGCCCGUCUGUGCACUGAGUGGCAAUACACCUGCCUGCCUGCCUGCGCUUUUCCUAGGUGACAAGCACAAUAAAUACUACAGUCUUCACACUGUUUACAGCUCUGGGCACCAACCACCCCACACUGGCUUUUCACUAUGGCUCCACUCUUAACUUAGCUAGUAGAGUUGGGGCAAGGGCAAGAAUUUGUUUUUAAAUUGGGUGAAGAGCCAGAUAGCUACUGUCCACGGGUGCCAGGCCAGCCGGUUCUUUGGUUUCCUAAGGGAAACUUAACCCUCUUCUCUUGUAGCACCAUCCAGCCUCAGGGUCUUGGGGACUUGGAAGAAUGUGAAUAGAGGAGGAGAGGCUAGAGGAAAUGAAUAGGCAGGGAUGGAUCUGUGAAGAGCAGAGGCAGGGGAGGGGGGAUUUGACAGAUCCCACUGAGACUUAAGCACUGGUGGUAGGGGAAGUGGAAGCAAGAUUGUCCAGCAAAGGGUGGCAAGGUGCAGCAAGGGAUGGCGGUGGGGAGGAGAAGCACUGUCUAGCAUCAUCCACUCCCUGGUAAUGAAGGGACUCCAGCACAGUUUCUGCUCUGGGACCCCUACAGGUUGCUCAAUAUAUUAUGCUUGAGGCCACCUUACUAGGAAGAAAUGGCAGCCAAGUGGGGGACCCCUGUAAGUAGGCUGCUUAAUGUCCUGGAAGGGAUGGCAGGAUGGAAAGAGGCCAGAGCCUAGCGUGAGAUAGCAUGAGAGAGCCUGCUGUGUGCCCACAGUCUGACUGCACAGAGCGCCUCUGUUGGCAGGAGGUGCUGAGGCCCCCUUCCUGUGUACUGAGAAGCUGUGUUUGCCAAUAUAGUUUGCUUUCAAUUCCAAGAGGAGCUCUGGGAAAACCUGUGGAUAAAACCAAAUGCCAAAUGUUGGACAUUGUUUCCUUUUCCUUUUCUCUCUGAUCGUUUUAAUUGUUCUGUAGUGGUUUUAAUGGAUUUGAGACCCUGGAGCGGCAGCUGCCUUUCUGAUUUCCAGCUGCUUUUUGUGAAUAAUUUAAAAAGAAAAAAAAAAGAAACUUUACAUUUUGGAGACAAACCUGUGUGAGUUUUUUAUUGGUACAAACGUUGUAUUUAACACUAGGGGUUUUGUACAGUUUUUUGCCUUUUCUACUAGAAAACAAUGUAAAGUGAUUUCACAAUGUGAAGAGAAAACAAUUGCCACUAUGACCAAACGCACAGUCUGUUCUGCAGCAACAACGGGAUUCAAUCAACUCAAAGUCGUGAUUCAGCCGUAGAGAUGCUUUUUCUUGACCUUGUUUGAGCUUUCCUUUUUUCCUGUUUGAUUUAUAAAAGACGUCUUUUGUGUGUGAACUUGUGUUGUACUCUGUAGAAAAUUAUGGAUUUUGCUUUAAUGGUUUUAAAAAAAAAAAAAAAAAAGGGCAAGAAGAGCCCUUGUCGCUUUUCUUACCUAAUCACAGUUUGUGUAGUGGAUUAAAAAAGAAAAAAGUUGUUAAAAGUUUGGAGCAAGGGAGUAUGUGUUUAAAAGGACUCUCCUUCCUUUUUGUGUGUUUUUCCUUUUGUCCCAAUGGGGAACCUAAAUCUGUUUUAAUUGCACAGACACACGGACAAAAAGUCAUUUUGUAUCUGCCAAGUGUGGUACCUUCCUUUGUUUAUUUGCUAUUAAACUGUUUGAGAAGAA